AUGCGUUCCCUAUCGCUCAGCACCGUCCUGCUCGCAACGCUCGGUCUGGUGUCCGCGCAAGCCCCUGGCUCCAUCAGCGAAGCCAUCGAACAGGCGGAGCGGGGCGUGGGCUGGGUCGCACUGCCGUACGGAAUCCAGUAUCCUACGGGGAUCCUGUUCCCCGGCUACACGGGCUGGAUCACACUGCCGCUCAACGGCGGGCCGCCGUGCAAGUCAAGCAGUGCUCAGGAUACGGUGGGGCAGUGUUGA